UUAACUAUUUAUUAUCUAUCUAUCUUCUAUCUAUCUAUCUAUUUAUAUAAAAGAGAAGUUUUGUAUGUAUGUAUGUAUGUAUGUUUCAGCACUCUCGAACUCUCGAAGGCCAGAACCGAUUUCAACCAAACUUGGCAUACGUGUUCUUUGUAUAAAGGAAGUGGUCAUAGAAAUAUUGGAUAGGGGAAGGGGUCACCCUUAAAGAAGGAGGGGGUCAAAAGUAAUAAAUUUUCAUACAUAAUGGAAACCUUUCAUUGAAAUUUGAUGAUUUUCGGGUUCUUGAUCAUAUUUGGAGGCCGGAAGUUGAUAUCCAGAGACCGAAACAUAAUGUUCGAUGCCAUUUUCAAUUCAAGAUGGCGACUUCCGGUCUCUGGGAAGCCAUUUAAAGCUGUGGAAAACACUCACAAACCCCCCAAUGUUGCAGUUUUCGGAGCAAAAAUGACUCUUAAGAACCGGUUAUCGUUAUCUGACGAUACUUUGAAACUUGGGUUGCCGACUUCCGGUUUCUGGAAAUCUGCGAAUAUUAAUAAUUGAAUUAUAUGCUUGCCAAUAUGGGUAUUUUCAGAAUCGGAAUGACGUCGUCAUACGAAAAUCGAUCAUAUAUUUCCAAAUAAUGGCCUUUUUUGAAACGUAGUGACGUCUGUUUGCAGCCGAAAAUCGGCUUUCGUGCAAAUGUUUCUAGAGAAGUGUUUCAAAACAUCCAAACUGCUUUGAUCCGUUUUUGGAACGAUUUGUUGACAUAUUUCUUGCAUAAUUUGAUAACGGAGAGUCCAAUUUAGCGUUUUGGAUUAAAAAUAUGUUUGGAAAAGUUGCUGAAGCUCAACUAUUACCGAAUAAAAAUUUAGUUAAGAGCAUCGAUCAAAUAAGAUAAGAGCUCCUACAAUCCAGCUAUUUAUUUAAAAAAAAAGUUUUGUAUGUAUGUAUGGAUGUUCCAGCAUAACUCUCGAAUGAUUGUACCGAUUUUAACCAAACUUGACAUACGUGUUCUUUGUACAGAGAAAGUGGUCAUAGAAAUAGUGUGAAGAAGGAGGUGCAACCCCCAAAAGGAGGAGAGGGUCUUAAUUAGUCGAAAAAUCUAUUUUCAUGCAUUAUGGGAACUUUCUGAAUGAAUACGAUGGUUUUUAGUAGACCUGUGCGCCGACCAUAUCACCAGCGGCGGCGGCGUAGAAAACAUUUUACCUCGGCGGCGAUCGGCGCGCUGGCGUGACGCCGUUAGCUUUUAUCAGCGGCGGCGGCGGCAGCGUGUAUCGGCGUGACACUAAUUACCACUUAUAAAAUAUUGCGCAUAAUGUGUGCUUUUGUACUCUCAUGUUCGAUUUUUUUCAAUUGAACGUUCAUAAAUAAAAAUGUAUGCGUCAGAGUUGUAAGAAUGUCAAAAAUAGAAAUAAAAUUGGUAAGAUAUCAAGUAAACAAACAAUUGAAUAACCAGAAAAUAAUAAACCAAGCAGAGAAAGUACAAACAAGUGUAAAUCCCAAAAAAAAUUAUCAACGAGCCCACAACAAAAAAUUACAUGGAAUACUGUUCCCAGAGACGUUAAAUUUAGGAAAAAAGAUAGAUAGUUUUUUGAUAUGUUGAUUUCGAUUAACCGUAGACCUUUGGGAAAAUUCGAUAAAUCUUACGUUAGAGAGUCGUUUUUAACUUUCAUAUAUUUCGUUAGGUUACCCAUGGAAUAACUGAAAAAAUGGGAAACUCUUUUCAAUCGAAUAGAGUUCUUCGGUAAACACCACAGUUUCUUCAUUUUUUAUUGCGACUUUUGGGAUAAAACUGACCAGAGGUGAAGCAUUAAGUUCUCCUCGGGUAAUUGUGAUUGUGACGCGGUGUUGGUAGAAGCAACGAGGUUUCGUUAAGUCUCAUCCCUCUUGACAAAAUAAGUCUUUUUUUAUAAUGAAACUGUUCUAAGGAAUAUUAAUCCUCUCCAGGGAAUUGUAAUUGGGCACGAGGAACGAGGUUUCGAUAAGGUUCUUUCAUCUUGACAUAAUGGCCAGAGGGGAACGUUAGGUGUAGUCUCACUCCUGGGAAUUGUAAUUUGGCAAUAUUGGUAGAAUAGUAAGAGGCUCGUUAUAGUAGAGCAGUAAGCUUGAAACGAAAGGGUAAACUCUCUCACACAAGCACGGAUAUAAAUGAAAAGCGUACAUUUACUGCCAAUAAUAUGAAGUGCGGAGUACAGAAAACACCUGGCCAAUGUCACAAUAGAUCAAAUGUCUCUGGUCGCAGUGAUGAGUCCGCACAGAGGAAAAAAAAUAAAAAUUAACGAGAAAUCAGCAAAAAAUAUAGUCGUGCUUGAAAAUGUUGACGAAAAAACUAUCUACAAAAAUGUCUGUUUCAGGACAAUAUGAUCAACUAUUUAAUUUGCGCAAAAUUUUCAGUGAAUUCCCGCAUUUUGAUCUCCAAAAAAAAACUGUAUUUCAAAGAAAAUUACCAAAUAAUUAAUGAAAAAACACUAUUCAUUUUUCAUGAAUUUUUUGAACAUUUUAAGACUGCUCAUACGUUUGCAUAAAAAUAAAAAAUACAUUUGCAUAAAAAUAAAAAAUAAAUGCUAGGAUAACUGAAACAAUUUUCUCGAAGCAAACUGACGAAGCAAAUCACUGAUAAUAAUAAUCGAUAAAAAAGUCUGUAUAUUUAUUGUCAAAUAUUGUAUCAAAAUUCCACAAAUUAAAAUAAUUUACUAAUGAAAAUACUUAACGAAGUGUUACACUGCGUGAGGCCACCAUGCAAAAAUGCAUUACGUAGGGGUGAAGGGGUAUUGAGAAUUUCCAAAUUCCGCAUUACCUAAUACCUAUACGAGUGUUCCAUUACCGGCUGUGAUUUGCGGUAUUUCUAUAACCAGGAAAAAAUCCAGCAUACACAAUCACUAUCGGCGCGGUAAAGAUUUUCUCGGCGGCGCACCAAAAAUUUCUUCGGCGGCGCGCCGAGUCCAAAUCAUCGGCGGCGACGGCGUGCGUAAAAGUGUCGGCGGCGGCGGCGCGGCGUGGCGGCGCACAGGACUAGUUUUUAGGCCUUUGGUCAUAUUUGGAGACCGGAAACUGAUUUCCAGAGACCGGAACAUGAUGUCGAAAAGAGAAAGGAGCAGCUAUCAAAAGGGAGGGGGUCUUAAUUUAUAAGAAAAUCAGGUCUUUUAGUGCCCUAUGGAAACUUUUUGAAGAGGUACGAUAACUUCCAUGGCCUCGGUCGGUCAUGGCCAGAAGUUGAUGUCUUGGGACCGGAAUAUGAUUCCCGAUGUUUUUGGCGACUUUUGGUUGCUGAGAAGCUGUAUACAACUGUAGAAAACGUUUACAAACCUCCAAACAUUGGUAUUUCCGGAACCCGGAUCUUUUAGAAAGCAGAACUAAAAAUCCCAUGACAUUUUUUAAAUUCAAUAUGGCGACUUCCGGUUUUAGAGUUUUAUGAAAAACGAAUAUAUGCUCUGCAAUAUGUAUAUUUUCGAAUUCAAGAUGACGUCCAAAAUCCAAAUAUCCAUCUCCGUCCCAAAUUUUUAAAUCGUGCAUGGCGGAUUACAUUUUCUGGAAAGGUUACUAGAAUACAGAAGAAGGCUUGGACGUAAUAUUGAAACGUUGUUUAGAAAUCAAUUCAGCGAUUUCUUCUUUCUGUCAAGCUGUGUAAAACUAAGUAAAAUGGUUAACUUAUGUCAAUACACUAAAGCAACUUUUUACGCGGGGGAUACAUACCGCAUUAAAAAACCACGUAAAUUCCGGAAUCCGUGUAUGUGGUGACCACCCUAGAAUACAACCCUGUCUGAACAACUGGCUGGCUCAGUGUUCUGAUGCAGAGAAUAAAUCAGUUUAUAGUUGACUGUCGAAGAGUACACCUCGCGUUUUAUUUACUAGCGUAUCACCAGUCCCGUUAGCUUUCACAGUUAUUUUAGUGGCGACGAGGAAAUCGUUUUUUUCUUUCUUAGAAAUUCGCGUGUGUACGAACGGUUUCUUUGGUUUUGCGACAGUGUUUCCGUAGCCUACGAACAGUUUUUUUUCCGGCGUUAAGUUUGCUGGUGAAGUGGUUUCGCGGCGUUCAGUUUGCCGAAAGUUUGUUUCCCGCUGGAGUGAAAAGCGACAGAAAAAUUAAAAAAGUUUUGCUCCGCCAAGUGUUUGCGGAGAGCUAGUGUUGAAAAGCGGUAGUAGUGUUUUUCCGCAAAGUAAUAAAAAUCAUUUAAAAAAAAAGUUUAUCCUGGUAAAUCAGGUUUGUUUUACUUUUAACAAGUUUUUUGAUUUUAAUCAAACAGGUUUGCGUCAACGACCUCUAUGCCGUUAGUGAAUCAAAUCGAGCCGUACGUUCCUGGUACUAUUCCGUUUGCGCAGUUUUAGGAGCAGUUGGACUGGGUAUUUGCGCAUCAUAAAGUGGUUGAUCCGGCGGAGCAAAAAGUUUCGUUUCUCGCUACCUGUAGCAGGGAAGUCUACAGCGAGAUAAAGCUUCUUUUCCCUGGCAAGGAUUUGAAAGCUUUAUCGUUUAAGGAGAUUACGGAUGCUCUUAAAAAACGGUAUGACAAGACGGAAAGCGAUUUGAUCCAUCGCUACAGAUUCUACAAACGCGAACAAGGGCCGAAUGAAACAGCUGUGGAUUUCAUACUAGCUGUUAAGCUCCAAGCAGAGUUGUGCGAGUUCGGACAGUUUAAGGAUAUGGCGAUUCGCGAUAAGUUGGUUUGUGGAAUCCGCGAUGAGGAGCUACAAAGGCGUUUGUUUGAUGAGGACGAUCUAACCUUGGCGAAAACGGAGAAACUCAUCACGAAUACGGAAGCAGCAGGAAAGAGGGUGAAAAUAAUCUCUCGAGAUUCCAGUUCGCGCCGUACGAGCGUGUUGAACAGGCUUGGGAAUCGGGACAAUCGGUCUGAUUUCCGAGAUCGCUCGCGUGGACGGAGUCGUCAGCCUAGCAGAGGAAGGAGCAGAAGCCGAUCAGUUUCGUUUGACCGUAAAAAUCGUUCUACUUCAGUCACGAAAUCUGUUUUGCAAUUUCUGUCGUAGAAGUGGACAUACACGUCGUUUUUGUUACGACUUGAAAAACAAGAAAAAGUCAGUGAAGUUUGUCGAUUCUCCAGCAGCAAAGCCAAAAUUGAACGAGUAUCAAAAAAGUUUGAGACGUCGAUUGAAUAGAUCCGUCUCGGAUGACGACGACAUGGACUGUUUGAUGAUAUCAUCAGUCAAUAGAAUCAACGAACCGUGUUUCCGUAACGUUUUCGUUGACGGCUUGCGGUUGAAGAUGGAAGUUGAUUGUGGCGCUGCAGUCUCCGUCAUCAGUUUGGAGAUGUACGAGGGAGAAUUCGAUCACAUACCUUUAGAGACGUGCGACAAGAAAUUAGCAGUGAUCAAUGGCAGUAAGUUGAAGGUGGAAGGAGAAAUAACAGUAAAAGUUGAGUUUAACGGCCAAGCGAAAACUGUUCAACUGAUCGUUUUGCGAAGUGGAAGUUGCUUCACACCUUUGUUGGGGCGAGACUGGCUGGAUGUAUUCAUUCCUGACUGGAGGAAGGCGUUUGGAAGCAGCAUCAAUCAACUGGCAGUUUGCCCGGACCAGAUUGUUGCAGAGAUACAGAGUAAGUUUGCCAAUGUUUUUGAUAAAUCUUUAUGUACGCCAAUUAAAGGGUUCGAAGCAGAUCUAGUUUUAAAAGAUCAUACACCGGUUUUUAAGCGUGCUUAUGACGUUCCAUACAGGUUGAGGGACAAGGUUUUACAGCACCUCGACUGUUUGGAAAAGGAUGGAGUCAUAACACCAAUAGAUUCGAGCGAGUGGGCGUCACCCGUAAUUCAAGUGGUGAAAAAGGACGGUGGCAUUAGGAUGGUUAUUGAUUGUAAAGUUUCUAUCAAUAAAGUUUUGAUUCCUAAUGUGUAUCCACUCCCACUAACACAGGAUUUGUUUGCUUCUAUGGCUGGCGCGAAAGUUUUCUGUUCUCUUGAUCUGUCUGGUGCGUAUACACAGCUAUUGUUGUCAAAAAGGUCAAGAAAAAUCAUGGUGAUUAACACAAUCAAAGGUUUGUUUACGUACAAUCGUUUGCCACAGGGUGCUUCUUCAAGUGCGGCUAUAUUUCAGCGGAUCAUGGAUCAGGUUUUGAAGGCUAUCGACGGAGUUUACUGUUACUUAGACGAUGUUUUGAUAGCAGGCAAGGACUAUUCGGACUGUGUUCGGAAGCUUAAUUUGGUCUUAGAGCGUCUUUCUAAUGCCAAUAUUAAGAUUAAUCUGCAAAAAUGCAAAUGGUUUGUUUCAAGUUUGCCAUUCUUGGGUCACAUUUUGAGCGACAGAGGUUUGUUGCCGUGCCCGGAAAAGGUCGAGACUAUUCGGAAAGCUAAUAUUCCGAAUAAUGUUUCUGAACUGAAGGCAUUUUUGGGUUUGGUUAAUUACUACGGGAAGUUCAUACCCAAUUUGUCCUCACGCCUCAGCUGUCUUUAUCGUUUAUUAAAAAAAGACGUUAAGUUUGUCUGGGACUCAGAUUGUAGUCGAGUGUUUGAAGACUGUAAACAGGCGUUGCUGAGUUCAAAGCUGUUAGAGUUUUAUGAUCCGAGGAAACCUGUUGUCGUUGUAACAGAUGCAUGUAGUUAUGGGUUAGGCGGCGUAAUCGCACCUCAAAUCAAGAAUGAGGAAAGACCUAUUAGUUUUGUUUCUUUCAGUUUAACAAAUGCACAAAAAUCCUACCCAAUUUUGCACUUAGAAGCGUUGGCAGUUGUUAGCACCAUCAAAAAGUUUCAUAAGUUUCUUUUUGGCAAAAAGUUUACUGUGUAUACUGAUCAUAAGCCAUUGAUUGGAAUUUUCGGGAAGGAAGGAAAAAAUACGUUGUUUGUGACGCGUCUGCAGAGAUAUGUAAUGGAACUGAGUAUUUACGAUUUUGACAUUGUUUACAGGCCGUCAACAAAGAUGGGCAACGCAGAUUUUUGCUCACGAUUUCCUCUUCCUGAAAAUGUUCCUUCAAGUCUGCAAAAGGAAUACAUAAAGAGUUUGAAUGUUUCCAAUGAGUUUCCGUCAGACCAUGCUUUGAUUGCGAGUGAAUCACAAAAAGAUCCGUUUUUGCAAAAAAUUGUUUACUACAUGAAGCAUGGUUGGCCACAGAAGUUAGAUCGAAGUUUUUUAGAUGUAUACGCACAACACCAAGACUUGGAAGUAGUAGAGGGUUGUUUGCUAUACCAAGACCGUGUCGUUAUUCCUGAUAGUUUGCAAAAGAAAAUUCUGCGUUUACUACAUAAAAAUCACUCAGGAAUAACCAAAAUAAAGCAGAUGGCCAGAAGAACAGUUUAUUGGCAUGGCAUGAGUAUUGACAUUGAAAAUUUUGUUAAAACUUGUUCUGUGUGUUGUCAAAUGAAUGUUGUUCCAAAGCAGGUACCACAUUCUAACUGGAUCCCUACAACAAAACCGUUUACCCGCAUUCAUGCGGACUUCUUUUAUUUCGACAAAAAAGUUUUCCUGGUCAUUGUCGACAGUUUUUCAAAAUGGCUUGAAGUUGAGUACAUGAAGUUUAGUACAGAUGCCAGGAGUGUGAAGUCGAAAUUUAUCAGCGUUUCUGCUAGAUUUGGGUUGCCGGACGUAGUUGUUACGGACGGAGGACCGCCGUUUAAUUCUAAAGAACUUGUUGAUUUUUUUCAGAAACACAGUAUCAAGGUUAUGAAAAGUCCUCCGUAUAACCCCUCGAGUAACGGACAAGCAGAACGUAUGGUAAGAGUGGUAAAAGAAGGUUUGAAAAAGUUUUUGUUGGAUCCGGAGAUGGCUAGUUUGAACACAGAAGAUCUGGUGUCAUAUUUUUUGUUUGGUUACAGGAAUACAUGUUUAGAAGGUAGUAGUUCUUUUCCUUCAGAGAGACUGUUUAGCUAUAAACCCAAAACGCUGUUGGAUUUAAUCCAUCCUAGGAAUAGUUUUAGGAAUCAUCUGACGAAGCGUGAUAAUGUGGAUAAAUCUGUGUAUAGCUAUAAUACCAAAGAUUAUCAUAAACCUGACUGGAUUGACAAGUUGCGCCCAGGAGAUCUAGUAUACUUUAAAAAUUUCAAACCUACUGACAUUCGACGAUGGCUUGAAGCAAAAUUUUUAAAACGUGUUUCCUUAACAACUUUUCAGGUUUCCGUCGGAGGUCGGGUGUAUCUGGCGCACCGCAAUCAGCUGAAGCUGGUUGGAGCUCGCAGAAAUCGUCACGGUUUGAUUUUUGCGAGGGAGGAAGGAAGGAGUGUUAACCGGAAAAGAGCGCGCGAUGACGAUGACGAUGAAAGCGUUGACGACGAUGCUGGCGGAUUCCUUGGUUUCGCAGCAGAUUCGUAUAUCUACCGAGGCACAUCUGACGAUCAUCCAAUGGUUUGUGAUUCGGAAGGUGGCGGCACAUCGGCGUGUUUACCGCCUGAGGAAGUUAAUCCCCAGGAGGACCCAUCUACGCGACAGUGGUCGCAAUCGAAUCAACCGUCAAGUUCGAGUUGUCAUCCAGAAAGUUUGCGUCGCUCUAGUAGACCGAAGCGUCCUAAAAGGGAUGUCGAUUUUAUAUAUUAAAACAAACAUAAGUUUGAGUUUGUGGCAGUAUUGUUUAGCCACUAUCUGAAAAAAAAAGUUAAAGCGGCAGUCAUGUUUAACCGCAUUCAAAAAAAAAAAUGAAUACCUAUAUGGCAGUGAAGUUUGGCCAUUUUGAGAAAAAUAUUGUUUAAACUAAAGGGGGGAGAACUGUGGUGACCACCCUAGAAUACAACCCUGUCUGAACAACUGGCUGGCUCAGUGUUCUGAUGCAGAGAAUAAAUCAGUUUAUAGUUGACUGUCGAAGAGUACACCUCGCGUUUUAUUUACUAGCGUAUCACCAGUCCCGUUAGCUUUCACAGUUAUUUUAGUGUAAAAUAAAAUCGCGUAAAUUCUGGAAUCCGCAUAAAAAAACAGCGUUAAUCCUGCAUUCCGAGUAAAAGGAAACCGAAAUCCGCGCAAAAAUAAAUACCGCGUAAAUUCCGGAAUCCGCGUAAAUUCCGGAAUCCGCGUAAAAAAGCCGCGCAAAAAAAACGCGUAAAAAGCGACCUAUUUCUAGAAAGAGAACUAUGUUCAGAAAAUGACAACGGGCGUCCAACGCUAUUUUCAAAUUCCUGAAGAAAAAUAUUCAAAUACUCCCUGAUAUUAGGUUCAUAAGUCAGAGCUGAUUUCCCAAAACCGAAAAUUGGUGUCCGAACGUUUGGUAUAGCGAAGGUUUUUUUCUGCACUGGAAGUUAUUCAAAACUUGAGAAAAAUCUGGAGAUAGUCCCCGUAUCUCCAAAUUAUUAAUUAAUUCAUGAAGACUGAUGCUCAACUAUAACGAUGAUAUUGAUAUUGUUUACACAAAAAAAGUAAAACGAGAAGACAUAGCAAGCAAUAAUUUUAACUAUUAGAGAUGAGCCUAGGCUAUUGAUUAUGUAAUUUGAGUGUAAUUUGAGUUUAUUGUAAGUUAAUCGAUACCGUCGAAGAUGCUGAUGAGGCAAUCCAUUUUCCAACGGAAUUUUUGAACUCACUCGACCCAAUUGGAAUGCCUCCGCAUCGAUUGUGAAUCAACGAAAAAGGUGGUAUAUAAGCAAGUUAAUUACUAAAAUAGAAAUAUUAUAUGAAAUGCUCGGGCUGGAAAAAAUAUAUGGAAAUAUAGAAAAUUAUAAAAAAGCAGAAAUUUUUACACGAGCAAGGCCGGGUACAUUCAGCUAGUAUAUCAAUAAGAUAGACGAGACGAUUCCAUGCAGUCGAACAAAACUUGCAGAAAUGGACUUGCAACUGUCUCACAGUGCGAAUGCAGUGGAACGGUGAAAUCAGUUUUGUACGAUAGAUAGGAAAAAAUAAUCGCUAUGUUGAGUAAAUUUGUCAACAAAAUAUACCGUCGCCAUCAUCUUUUUGUAAUAAGUGUUAAUUUUAACUUGAUUUAAUUUUAAUUAAAAUGACACAAAAUUUUCGAAGAUCAAGUUAAAAAAAGCUCAAUAUUGAAUAGCUGCUAAUUGCUUUAUUGCAUUCUUGUUAGAAGUUAUUUCAAAUAUAAAUAAUUUGGGAAAGGGGUAUACUGCAUGUUAUUUGCAGAAUGUGGAGCGAUAUAGACUGAAACGGAGGCAGUAAGUCCAACUCUUCAAGGAAAAAAGUAGGAGGGUGGUAGCCAAGACACGACCGCAUAGUUGACGUAGGACUGCAAAAGUUUUAUAUUUUCUUUUGAGGCUCUGUUCGAUUUGAGCUCGUUUUACAUCUGGCACGGUUCGAUUUUAGCACACAUGUGCCAAAUUACAUUUUCUAGUUUUCUUGAUUUUGUUUUAAUCAGUCCAAGCUCAACAAUGUUGCCUAAGCGGAUGACCGAAAUCGGUAAAACGGUUCCUGAGAUAUGACCGGAACAUGUUCCGGUAGUAUAAUGGUAAUGAUCAAAGCAGUACUAUGCCUUUAAUUACUUGGGUGGCAAUAUCAAGUCGUCAGCCUUAAUUCAUCAAGCGACACCUCAAACGACUUGGAACUGAAACUAGUUCAUUGGUGGCUAUUUCUACUGUUAAGGUUGUCUUUAGCCACUUAAAAAGUAAAAAAGGCCAUGAAAACAGAACCGUUCAUUUUUGGAAUGGUUCAAUUUUGGCAACAGUAAAAAAAACGGCGUGUUGCCAAAA